AUGAAGAGGGAUGAACAGACACCAGUAGACGAUCUGCAGAAAGAUCCUCAGCUUACAGCUGAUGAAGACGAAGAUGAUGCAGAAGAAUCUAAAGAUGCCUGGUCCCCUGGAACAGUGAGCUCACCAUCACCAGGUGGAGAGACCAUGUAUGAGACACAGAGUGAAGACGAUGACGAUGAUAAGUUGAAGGAUGACAAAUCAUCCAUAGAUGAUGCAAGAACAAAGACGCCCGAGACACCCAGUGGCACUGAGUCAGACAUGAAAGAUGAUGCCUCGCAGCAUAUGGAGUCUGGAACUGAAGAUGGCACUGGAGAUUUGAGUAAACAUUUGCUUGGCUCUGUACGGAAUUCUGUUCCGAAUAGCCCAGCAUCUGUGCUGCAGGAGUGA